AUGGAACCGUUCCCCUCACACUCUCCCGGGUUUGUGAACCUUUUAGCUUCGCAGAGCAGUCCAUCUAUAGACGUUGACUCUGCUGAGGCAUUAGGUAACUCGCCCGGGUUAGUUAAACCUUUGGAAAGGAGAAAGUGGGGUGUGAAAGAAGACCUUGUGCUCAUUAGCGCUUGGUUGAACACGAGCAAGGAUCCCAUAGUCGCUAAUGAGCAGAAGGUAGUGUCCUUUUGGAAGAGAAUAGAGCUGUAUUUCAAUGCAAGCCCUCAGAUGAUUGGCUCCGUUCCUAGAGAAUGGAGCCAAUGUAAGCAGAGGUGGGGAAGGGUGAAUGCGGAGGUGAGCAGGUUCGUUGGUUGCCAUGAAGCAGCUUUGAAGGAGCAGUCGAGCGGGCAAAAUGAGAAUGAUGUCAUGAAAGCAGCACAUGACAUCUUCUUCAAUGACUACAACGUCAAAUUCACACUUGAACAUUGCUGGAGGGAGCUGAGGUUUGAUCAGAAAUGGAGGUCACACGUCAAAGAUGGUGCAAAGGAGAAGAGGAAGGAACCAGCUCCGGAGGUCGUACUUGACGAUGGAGAUGUUAGGCCUCCGGGUGUGAAGGCCAGCAAAGUAGGGAAGCGCAGGAAGCACAGGAAUGAAGCUGCUUUUGAUCGAGUUGAGAGCUUGCUAGCUAUGAAAAAUAUGUAUUCAAAACAAAAGAUUCUUGAUCGUCUCCUUGCCAAAAAUGAGGAGACACUUUCUUCUCAAGAGAAGGAACUUAAGACUAAACUAAUUGGUGAAAUGCUUUGA